GCAUUUUUCCCUCCUGCCUAAGGAUCUCCUGUGGAGAGCUGCAACAAUGCCCAAAAGAAAGGCUGCAGGUGAUGCCAGUCAGGAGCCAAAGAGAAGAUCAUUCCAACUGUCUGCUCUGCCUGUGGCCUUUACACCACCAGAGUUGAAACCUAAAAGAGCAUCGACUCUGAGGAAAGUGAAGACCACAAAUAUUGUUGUGGAAGAAAACAAAGAUGCAGGUAACAUAGCAAUUCCUGAACCCAAGCCAGAAGAUGUUAAAGAAGAGUACAACAUGGAAAAUGCCGAAAAUGGAGACACUAAAAUGAUUGAGGCACCCAUUCCUAAAACAGAAGCUGAGGAAGUAAAGGAACAGAUGAAUGAAGACACUGAAGAAGAUGGAGGAGAAAGGAAAGAAGCAGAGGCAGCAGAAGGAAAGGAGGAGGAGGAGCUAGAGGAAAAUGUCCAAAAUAUUCAGAAAGAUGAAACUGGAAAAGAGGACAAAGAUGAUGGUGAGGAGGUGAAAGAUGGAGAAAGGGAAGAAGUCCUGGAAGAGAAAACUGAUGCAGCAGAAAAUGAGGCUGCAAAGGACAAAGAUGCUCAAGAGAAAGGAGACGAUAAGGAAGAAGAUGACAAAGAGGAAGGGAAUGGGAACAAGGAAGAGGAGGAAGAAGUCAAAGAACAGGAGGAGGAAGAAGAAGAGGAAGGUGGAAAAUUGAAGAAGGAGGAGGAGGAGAAGGAGGAGGAGGAAGAAGAAGAAGAAGAAGAAGAAGAAGAAGAAGAAGAAGAAGAAGAAGAAGAAGAAGAAACUAAGGAAGAUGAGAAGGAAGGCCAGAGUGAGGAAGAGAGC